AUGGAAUUCUACGUUGUGGAGGAUGCGUGCAGAAUCAUUAAGCACUGUAUGUCCAUCGGAAGGUUCGACUAUGAAUUCGUGUCGACCAACUUGAGCGCCAUCGCGGAAACUGCAAAGUUGGCAAAGAAGUUCGUUGGCAGCGGAGAGACGGUGUGCGGCAAUCCCGAUCUGGCAAUAUUCGCCGAUCUCGAGAAAUCUAUUCGCGAUUUUUCGGAUCAACUUGUCAAAAGUUUCGAUCAGUUGAACGCGCUGAUGUUCGAACACCCAUUCUAUCCGGUUUGUCCUCGAAAUGUUGACGUUGACUUUACCCACACUCUUCAGAAUCUGACUUACGCGACGUUCAUGAACACCCUCUACAUGGCUGAUACUGUGUUCGAUGCGAGCAAGAGCACUGUCGACGCCUACAAAAAGUUUUCGAGCCAAAGACAACCGAUGAGCUUCGCCACGGUACGGUUUUCAGCGAAUCUUCGAAUCGUUGUUACACACGAUUUUGCGUUCAGAAACUGAUAAGCUACUUGCAAAAUGACGUUACGAAUCCGAUGAAGAACUACAAAAACUACGCGGAUUCAAACUUCGACUAUCGUAGCCGCAGGAAUGUCGUCGACGGAAUUCUGGCACAAUUGGUUGGUCGUACUUUUCCGAAUCGGAUGCAAAGUAUUGUCUUUCAGUUAUUUCUGGAAGCCUACUCGAAUGGAUUCUUCUUCGGAGGAAAUAUGGCCAACUCGAACAAACUGAACGACAGAAUUGACGAGAUCAGACAAAAGUAUUCAGAAUGGGAGAACGAGUUUAAGGCAAGACUUGAUUAGUUUGUAUACGUUUGAAUAACUCAACUCGACACGGCGAGCAAAAGUGUAGAAAGGGGGGCGUGGCCUAAUCUGAGACGCGUUUUCUGAAAAUUGCCGCAAUUCCAGCACACUUUUCCGAUAUUUUUGUGUCUGAUAUCGACGAAAGAAGAGCACAUUAAACAGAGAAAACAUUGAAAUUUUCGUAAAAACGGCGCUUUUGAGACGUUUUUGGCAUAUUUCGCAAUUCGCAAUUUUCAUAGCGGCCGAUGUGGAUAGUUUUGAGACGAAGUGAGUGUCGGAAGUGAUUAAGCACGUUAAUACAAGUAUUUUAAGCGUUCAAACGGCAAAAAGUAUCGGCGAAUGACUGAAAUUCGCGCAUUUUCAGCACAAAACUUGAAAAUCGAUUCAAUUGAUUCAUUUCUGAAUGAAACCUGCUCGUUUUAAGCUCAAAAAGUGCGCGCGAUGAUUAGUUUAACACAGUUAUUAUGCAAUUACACCGUCGAAAUCGUACAAAAUUUGGGUAAUUUUUGACGAAAAACAUGAAAAAUGGGGUUAAAUUUCGAAACCGUGCACGCUAGGCCACGCCCCUUUCUACGUUUUUGGUCGCCGUGAACUCGUCUUUAAGGAAAAAGACCCACUGCAUGCCGCGCGUGCAACCGUCAGAAAGUGUGCUGAUGCUGGUGGUUACCUCUUCGCUGAGAUCGAAUCGAACGUGGUUCUGAUUGCGAGCAUUGGUUCGGAUGUCGUGCAAGCAGUGAACAAUCCCGGCAAGAAGGCGUUGAGGGGAAGACUGACCGAAUUGGCAACUAAUAUCGACCAAUUGGCCGUGAGAAUGAGCGAGAAACUGAACACGGAAAAGAGUUUCAUGACGCAACACAACUUUUACGAGGUUAUCUAAUGCCGAGCCAGUGAAGUUAUUGUUCUUUUUAGGAGUAUGUGACAAAACCUCAAAAGUUGGAAACUCUGAUGCGUCUAGCCAUUGCUGAUCCUUCGUCUCAAAAGAUCGAAGAGUUCCGGUCAGCGUACAACCAGACCCCGGCCACUACAAUUGCCAAUGUACCGAACACUUCAAGAGCUCUUGAAUGUAUUGAUUAAACGUUCAGAACCUCAUCGCCAGCCUUCAAAACCCGAUCACUAAUAUUUUGAAACUUGCCGUGUUGGGAGACACGUACAGAACUGCGGAAACAUUCAACAAAUGGGAGGACAUCGUUGUUGGAAUCAUGUCUCAACUGGUAUGCUCUUUAGUUUCUCUGAUAGUUUAUUGUAAGCAAAGUGACCGUUCAGCUCUUCCUGGAGUGUUUCAAAGUCCGUCUUUUGGGCAAUUCAAAGACGUCUUCUGCGGAUGAACUGAGAUUGAGAAUAGGAAAAGUGCGGCAAGAUUUGGAAAGUUGGAGAGGCGAAUUCAAGGUGAGUACUGUUUAUUAGGUGAAAAUGAAGAAAAGUAUUCAGGAGAACUAUUGGCCGAGUGUAGUCAAGGAGCUCGUAGUGGAUAUUGAGAAGAACAAUCCGGGAACGGACAACGAAACAUUGGCAAUGGCAAUCAACGACGCGUUCGUAAAGAUAAUGACAGAGUAGUUUGCACGGGAACCGCUAUAUUGUUGUUUUGUGAUUCCAGUGAUACCCUGUCCACUUUGGUGUUCAAUGAGGGUGUUGGCGACAAGAAACAGUGUGUGAAUGGUGCAGAAGAGUACAUGCUCACUUUCCUCAACAUCGGCAAUCGUAACAUCAUCGUCGGACGCAGUCAGCACGGAAGAGAACUCGCUCCCCAACACACCCAACACGUCCGAGAUCAGUUUGUGGAAGAAUACUCUAGCGAAAGGUUUGAAUUGAUACUACUUUUGAAAUCCGAAAAUGUUUGCAGCAAAAGCGAUUACACUCCGUUCGUUAGCAGUCUUUGCAACAACUUUGGUGUGGGAUAUGUGGUCAUGACGAGUGCUUCUCAACAAUUGGCAUUGGCUCACACCUCCGCGUACCCGCCUGCCUAUCAGUCUGUUCUUGGAAUCACCGGAAGCGCCGAGGACGUGUUCUACAUAGUUAUCGGAUACUUUUAA